AUGCCGAUCCAGGCCGAGGCUGCGGCGGGGCCUCGCGCCGGCCCCGCGGGCCCGGAUGACCCGGCGCAGCGUCUCCGCGUGAUCCGCGUGGACCGCAAGUCGCUGCUGACGCGGGCCAACGCGGCGCAGCACCGCCGCCGACGCGAAGAGCGGGAGGCACGUCGACUGGGCAAUCGUACCUCGUCGUGGCUGUUCGCGGGAGCCAAGAGGCCGCACGAAGACACGGUGGAGCCGCCGUCGCCCUUCGCGAGCAACGUGGUGGUGAGCGCCAAGUACAGCGCGUGGAACUUCGCGCCGCGCGUUCUCCUGGCGCAGCUGCAGCGGCCCUCGAAUGUCUACUUCCUGUUCAUCGCGGUGCUCCAAACCAUCCGAGAAGUGAGCAACACGAGCGGCAUCCCGACCAUCCUGCUGCCUCUUGCAGUGGUGUUCGUGUGCAGUGCGAUCAAAGAGGCGCUGGAGGACCGAGAGCGACAUCGAGCCGACCGCGUGGCGAACAGUCGACCCGUGCUGACGCUUACGCCGCUGGGCCACUGGGAGCAGCGGCAAUGGGGGGACUUGCGCGUGGGAGACAUCGUCAAGGUGAUGAACGACCAGACCGUUCCGGCGGACCUGUUCCUGCUCUCGACGGAGGCGGUGGAGCACGAGGAUGAUACGAGACGGACACAGUCCAAUUUGGCGUACAUUGAGACGAAGUCGCUCGACGGCGAAACGAACCUGAAGAUCCGCACGGCCAUCCCGUUGGUGGCUUCGCUUUGUCGUGGCUUUGGUGGCACCAAUCGGAGCAUUGAUGGUGGAGGCCACAACGAGUUGCGCGGGAUGAUGGUGUGUGAACAGCCGAACAACCGUAUCACGAGUUUUGAAGGCACCUUUUCGGCGGUGCUCAGUCCUGCUCAAGCACAGUCGUUGGGUGUGGCUACCAGCGAUCCGAACGCUUCUCCAGUCUCUGUGCAACCUGCUGCGAGCCUCUUGCAGACUGAGGUGGGUGGGGAUGGGCUUGUGCGUGUGCGCAUGCCAGUGACGGCGAAGCAAAUGAUGCUGCGGAGUUGUGUUCUUCGCAACACGCGCUCCGUUACAGGCAUGGUGGUGUUCACAGGUCACGAGACCAAGGUGUUUUGCAGCAACACUGAGCCUGUUGUCAAGACUUCGUCUGUCGAGCGACGACUUAACCGACUCAUUAUCGGCAUUGUGUUUAUCCAGCAGCUUGUGUGCUUCCUGGGCGCGCUGCUUGGAGCACAUUGGAUGCACACGGAAGGCGACUCCUUCUGGUAUCUUCUCAGCGCUAGUGAGCGGCGGCACCACAUUUUGACUGGAGCUCCGACCUCACACCCGCUAGCCGAAGUCGCCAAGCUCCACUUGCGCUACUUCAUCAUCAUGCAAAACUUUGUUCCUAUCUCGCUGAACGUGUCGUUGGAGUUCGUCAAGUAUUGGCAAGCGUAUUUUAUCGAGCAAGAUCUGGAAAUGUACGACAAGCCGUCGGAUACUCCAGCCAUGGUGCGAUCGUCGGCGCUGAACGAAGACCUCGGUCGCGUACAUCAUGUCUUCACCGACAAGACCGGGACACUCACGAUGAACCUCAUGCUUUUCCGUUACUGUAUGGUCGGGGGAAAGCAUUACGGUGGGAUCAUGCAAGACAAAGACAUGGAGGCGGAGGUCCCCAGCGUUGCUUCGUCUCCCUCAUCGAUAACUUCGAAGGAUGGUCCAAGGUUUGUGGAUUUUGAUCCAUCCGAGCUUUUUGCUGAUCUUCAAACCGGAGGUGAGCAGGCGGAAACUCUGCGCCGCUUCUUACGACACUUGGCGCUGUGCCAUACGCUGAUCCCCACCAAAUCUCUUGCAGAAAUGUGUAGUACGUCGUUCCCAGAGUACUCUGCCUCGUCGCCUGACGAGCAAGCACUGGUGUCAGCAGCAGCGUUUUGCAAUGUCCGGUUUGUACACAGGACACCCGCCACUAUGAUGCUCAUGGAACCGGGGUGGGCGGCACCUAGCACAUACAAACUGCUGAAUGUGCUAGAGUUCGACAGCGACCGAAAGCGAAUGACGGUGAUUAUUGAAACUCCCGAUGGUACACUCGAGCUUCUUUGCAAGGGGGCGGACAAUGUGAUCUUUGAACGACUGGCGGCCGAUCAAGCUACGAUUCCUGGCGGCAUGUCCUACGAUGAAGCUGCAGACCAGCUCACGGUGUAUGCGAAAGCUGGUAUGCGCACACUCUGUCUCGCGUAUAAAACGAUUAGCAGGUCGGAGUAUGAGGACUGGAAUGCCCGUUAUUCCCAGGCCCAUGCUUCCAUGGAGGAACUGGUUAAACGACGCCAAGGCCGUGAAAAUGCAAUUGACCCACUGAUGAACGAGAUUGAGCGCGACCUUAUCCUGCUUGGUGUCACUGCGGUUCAAGACAAGUUGCAAGCUGGAGUGCCUGCGACGCUACGUUUGCUGCAGGAGACAAAAAUUAAAGUUUGGACGCUCACGGGCGACAAAAUGGAGACUGCUGUGAACAUUGGAUACGCUAGUGCGUUGCUCUCGCACGAUAUGGACGUCCAGCAAAUUGGCGGUGAUGACUACAGCUCGACAGCUGCGGCACUAAAGGAGUUGUCCCAGCGAAGUGAGGCUUCCCUCACUUCUUCUUCCUCGAGGUCCAAAGGAGGUAGAGGGGUGCGCCGUCGCUCUCAUGAUGCUAGACGCAGACCACGGUCCCGGACAAACAGUUUCCUGGGUAGUGCGAAAGCGGCGAUCAGCGAGUUUUUCUUCGGUUCCACGGCAAAGCACAAGCGGAAACAAAAACGAAAACGCCACCGAAGUCGUCGUACGUCCAGGACUUCGACGUUCAGCCAAACACCGAUGUAUUCGUCCGUUGCGACUGACGCUGAGUGUGCCGACAAGUUCACGUCCGAUGAAGAAUCACUGUAUGAUAUCGGGAUUGACGCUGACGACGAGGCAAUCCACACCGCUGAGUAUGGGUCUCUCACUGGAAGUUUGUACGGUGGCGAAAAGCGUCACCAGAAUGGCCCAUCAUCGCAGCAGUUAGCACUCGUGAUCGAUGGACAAGCCCUCGAAUUCGCUCUUCGCCCUCAACUGCGCAAAUUGUUCUACCAAGUCACUCGGCAGUGCGCUUCAGCGGUAAUUUGCUGCCGCGUGUCCCCCAAACAGAAGGCUGAGAUUGUUGAGUUUGUGCGUGAAUUUGAACCGGACAGCGUGACGCUUGCGAUCGGAGAUGGAGCGAAUGAUGUAGCGAUGAUCCAGUCUGCGCAUAUCGGUGUGGGUAUUUCCGGUCAGGAAGGAGCGCAGGCUGUGAACGCUUCAGACUACGCCUUGGCUCAAUUCCGCUUCCUGCAGCGACUAUUGUUUGUGCACGGUCGCUGGGCCUACCGUCGAGUGGCGAAGCUCAUGAGCUACAUGCUCUACAAGAACGUGACGUAUGUGCUCACAACGUUUUGGUUCGGCUGCUUCUGCGGGUUUUCCGGUCAGCCCCUUAUCCUGGAUGUGGCCGCACAGAGUUUCAACGUUCUCUACACGAGCGUACCGUUGGUUCUCUUUGCCGUGUUCGACCAAGACGUCUCAUCUACGAGUGCUGCCAAGUUUCCGUACCUAUACGCGCUCGGUCAAAAGAACGUUCUCCUGCGUCGUCGUGUAUUCUGGCCGUGGAUCUUGAAUGGCGUUUGGCACUCGCUCGUCAUCUUCUUUGUUUCUGCCUGGGCGUUCGAGGGCUUUGGCCUAAGCAUCCGCGACUUCCCGGUUAUCGCCACCGAGACGGGAAAAGGUGGUGGUCUUGUCACUCUUGGGUUCGUGGUGUUCACGAAUCUGGUGAUUGUCGUGAACCUGAAGUUGUGUCUCGAAACGUUCAUGCUCACGUGGCAGUUCGUGCUGACAGUGACCGUGUCUGUAUUGUUGUGGUUCGCCGUCGGCUCUCUCAUUUCGUUGCCGAACACGGGUUUUCCGCAAGCCACUGGCGAGAUGGAGUAUCUUCAAGAGCUGCCGACCUUCUGGCUUGUGUGUCUCCUGGUGUUGUCGUUGAGUCUGCUGCGCGACGCUCUUUGGAAGAUCGUGCGCCGGUUCUCGCUGCCCUCCAUGUAUCAUAUUCUCCAGGAGCGCGAGCUCAUGGGCUUGCCGAACUCUCCGCGUGGUAUGAUGCGCGAGCACAGGAGGGCUGUAUCGAAUACGGCGUGGUCGGAUGAACCAGCUACAGUUGUGGACUACGCCAAGCUGUUCAGCAACAGGCCGCGACGGGAAAGCCCAGAGGAGACGCUCAUGCGCUCUUCACCACUCGGUGAGAGGCUAAUCGCGUCGCCAUUUUCGUCUUCGUCGAGCGGUGGGGAUACGAUCCAUCCUGAUCAUGCAGCAGGGUUCCCGAGUCGCGAGAAGAAGCGUAACAUCCGCAUACGCGGCUCAUUUCAUGCCAUUGGAAGCAGCGGCAGCUUCGGCGCAGGUGUGGAGCCGUCUUUCCUCGAAGCGCCGGGGUCGGUUGCAGUGAACGCCGCGACUGUCGGAGUUGGAGCGCGCUCGUCAUCGUUCAUUGGGGUACCUGGGGCCCAAUACCACGGCUACGCGUUUUCGGAGGAUGAGAACGUGGACAGUGAUGUCGAGGCAGCGUCCUCCAGUGCAUCUCGAGGCGACGCUGACCAGGCUAGGACGACGGCAUUCGGGCAUUCGUCAAUCAAGAAGGUGCUCAAGUCGGUUCGUGGUAGAAAGACUGCAUGA